AUGGCAUUUUUAUUUGAAGAAGAUCGUGGUUUAACAUAAGUCAAGGAUCCUUAUCCUCAUUUAGGACCAGGAGUCUACUAAUAACCUGAAACUCAACCUAGAAUAGCAUACGCUCCUUUUCUUUCAACUGGAAAAAGACAAACAGAACUGACAAAUAAAUUAAAAAUUCUAAAUCCUGGACCAGGACAAUAUGAAGUAUCUUAAAAUAUGGGGGAUUCAGGUGUUUAGGCAUACAUGAAUAAAAGCACAAUCAUAGUAAAAGUUCAAGGAAAUGGAAGUAGCGCAUUUAAAAGUGGAAUUGAAAGAUUUUAGGAAGAUAAAAAAGUUAAGGAAGUAAUGUAUGGUGAUAAUUGUUAUUUUAGAUUCCUGGACCUGGUUAUUAUGAAACUUAAUAAAUCAAUACACAAUAAAAGCAACCGUUGUUUUUGAAUUAAAAGAUAGAUGACAUUAGAAGUUAAAACCUUAGAAGAAGAAUUAAUUCAAUUCCAGAGCCAAAAACCUAGAUAGGAAUGAUUUAUGAUGACAUAGAAACUUUGGCAUAGCAUCAAAAAGUUAUGAAAGAGUAAAAACAAUAAAAAGUUGUAGGACCAACAACCUAUGAAAUUCAAUAACAAUAGCAAUAUCGAGGAUUAUCAUGGGAUAAGAGUACUAGACCAAGAUUUGAUUAAGAGCAAACAAAUGAAAUUGGUCCAGGAAAAUAUAAUAUUGUUGAGGAAAAAAAAAGAAGAAAUGGAUCUCCUGCCUUUCUUUCUGAAUCUGUUAGAUCUUAUUAUGAUUAAUUGAUUUAUAAGACUAAUAGAGAGAUUAAUGCGGGAUUAAGGAAACAAAUCAAUUUCAAAGACUAAUAUUCUCCAGGACCUGGACAAUAUAAUGAAAAUAGAGUAGCUAUCAAAAUACAAUAAAAAGCAAAAGAGUUUUAGUUUUUUGGAUCUUCUUUGGAGAGAUUUAAAUUGGUUUAGGAUAGCAAUGUCGGCCCUGGAGAUUAUAGGGUUUUAGAUUCAUCUUUUGAUUAACAGAUUCGAAAAAAGAAUUAUACUAAUGCCACCUUUUUAAGUACAUCCAUAAAAGGUUAACCAAUUUUAUUGGAAGAUCAAUAACCUGGACCAGGUGCAUAUGAGAUUCAAAGAGAUUUAUAUACAGACUUAGUUAAGAAGUAAGAUAGAGGACUUAAUGGAUAUUUUGGAGGAAAAGAAAGGCGAUUUUAAGAAAAAACCUCAAUUUGUUAAGCAGGUCCUGGAAGCUAUGAUAUUACUAGAGAUGAAAAGAAAAGAGCUGUUAGUUCAUGUUUUAAGUCAUCAUCUAAAAGAGAUUAAGUUAACAAAAGUUUUGGACCAGAAAUUGGUCAAUAUAGAUUAGAUUAAGAUAGUAUUGGAAAUCGAAUAUAAAAAUAAAUGAAGUUUAUCCAAAAUUUAUAAAAAAUAGAUGUGCUAAAACCUGGCUUUUAUUGUGGAGAACCAAGAUUUAAAGAGAACGCAGAUAUAUAAGCUGUUCCAACCAGUUAUAAUUACCAAGCUCCUCCUGUAAGUUAAAAAUAAAUUACUGCCCCAUUUAAGUCAUAAUAACCUAGACUUGCAUAUAUUGGUAGAUAAUUUACUCCAGGAGUUGGAAAAUAUUAAGUUGAGGCUAACAAUUGGAAAAUAAACAGUUUUAAUACACAUUAUAACAAGGUUUUACAAGAAUCUUGA